UCUAAUUCUAAUUAUUAAAAGUAGAUCGAAACCCGUCGUCUUCUAUUCUAUUCUCUUCUCUCUUUGAGAAAUGGCACCAUCGGAGGAUAGAAUAAGCAAGUUGGAUGACAAAAUCAUCCACCAUAUUCUCUCAUAUGUUCCAACCAAAGACGCCGUUACAACCUCCGUUCUCUCAAAGAGGUGGACUAACCUAUGGUGCUUUGUUCCUUUUCUCGACUUCUCCGAUAUCAAAUUGGCAGACCAUGAAUCCUUUUUGUGGUUCAAUCAGUUCUUCUGCACCGUUAUGCUCUUCAGAGAAACUUAUGCUUCUAAUUCAAUCGACAGUUUCUCCCUCGACAUUCAAUAUGCUCAUCUCAACUAUUUUAGCAUUCUCCGUCUCAACAAUUGGCUUUACCUCCUUGGUAAACGCAAUGUUAAGUAUCUCAAUCUUCAUCUCAAUUUUCUCAAUGCUCUAUUGGUUGAUGUUCAACAUCGCAAAACCCUAACCCCCAAAUUGCCUAGUACCAUAUUUACCUGUAAAACCCUAGUUGUUUUAAACAUUAGUUGGUUCGCUUUUAAGGGCUUUUCUUUUUCUUCUGUUGGAUUUGGAUUUGGAUUUCCUUCACUCAAAACCCUUCAUUUCAAUCACAUAUAUUUCAAUCAUCUUAGUGAUUUUUUGUUGCUACUCGCUGGAUGUCCUGUCCUUGAGGAUUUCAAGGCAUGCCAUGUAUUCACGUUAGAGGAGGAGGAGGAGGCUACACAAGAAAGUACCUUAAAUUUAAGCAACUUGAUUAGAACAGAUAUUAUUGACACUAAUUUUGAUAUUCCAAUGAAAGCACUUUUUAAUUCUGUGUUUCUAAGAAUACAAUUAUGCCAGAGGUAUACUUCUUAUGAUUUUCCUACCUUCAACAAUUUGACUCACUUGGUGAUCAACUACUAUCUGGAUAUGUUUAUAAAAGUGCUUUACCAUUGUCCUAACCUUCAAAAGCUUGAGCUUUAUCAGACACAAACUGAUUGCGAUCAGAAAGGACAACAAAGUUGGGUAAACCCAACAUCUGCUCCACAAUGCCUCUCAUUACAUCUUACAACUUGCACUAUUCGGGACUUUGCAUUUGUAGACCUACAAAAUGACAUUAUGCUAGCAAGAUAUAUUCUUAAUAAUGCAAGAGUUUUACAAACCAUGAUGAUAUGGAGUGAUAAAGAACAACCUCAAAUAGAAAGGGAAUUAUCCUCAUGUCCAAGGGCAUCCACAACUUGUCAACUUUCAGUUUAUUGAUAACGUAUAGCACAUGUCACUCGGUUUUUGGUCGGCCAUUACAAUUUUGUCCAACCCUAUUUGGAACCAACGAGGCUUUCACCAUUUGAGAAUUCUCAGAGUAAAUACAAAAAAGAAAAGAGAGUGAUUAAUUGAAUUUUCAUAGAAGGUUCUUUAGGAAGAGAAGGGGUCAGAAAUUCUUCCAGAUUCCAAUAUCAUACUGCGUUUUUUCAUUAUUAUUUUUCAAAAAAAUGUGCCUUGUAUAUAUUUAUACGACUCUAGUUUAAAUAGAUGUGCUUGUUAUUAGCUGAAAUAUAUCCUUCCAGAUUCCAAUAUCUUACUGCGUUUUUUCUUAUCUUUUAUUUAAGCCAUAAUUUUCUACUUCACAUUAUGAUUUUGUUAUGAUCUUUUUGUAGUAGAAUUAAGUGAAAUAAACGUGCUUGCUAUUAGUUGAAAUAUAUUUUGAUGUUAGUGGCU